UCAUAGACCGCAUCUCUAUGAUCUGGUGUCAUCUUCUAACAUCUAUCAAUCAAACGAAUAACUAGCGAAUAAUAGUGCCCGCCGCGCGUCACACGCACCGUUGAUUGGUUUUCAGUGACAAAUUAUAAGAUUUUAUAGUUGCUAAAAGUACAUCCGUGGAUAAAUAUUAAGUGCCAUACCUUCUACAUUAUUGUAUUAUACAUUCUGCCGGAGAAGCUGCAUUUUAAGAGAGGUUAACAACUCAGCAUUAUGGUUCAGGCUUCAGAGGAAGUAGAGCAGCCUGACCUGCCUCAAGCUGUAAAGCUGCUUAAAGAAAUGAACACUAACGUGCAGCAGGUAUCACAACUCGUGGACAACAUGCUAGUGCGCGUCAAAAGCGGAGAACUAUCAACAGAUAAAGGUCUUAGUUUUCUAGAAAUGAAAUAUCAAAUGCUACUUAGUUAUUUAAUUAAUUUAACUUAUAUAGUUCUAAGGAAAUGCUCUGGUGAAAGAAUAGAAUCAGACCCAUCGAUUGAAAGGCUUAUUGAAAUAAGAACCGUUCUUGAGAAAAUUCGUCCUAUUGACUCCAAACUAAAAUAUCAAAUUGACAAACUUGUUAAAACUGCUGUUGUUGGUGGCACAUCAGAAGACGAUCCUCAAGCAUAUCAUGCUAAUCCUGCAAACCUAGUGAGUAAAAUCAAUGACUCUGCAGAAGAAUCUAGUGAAUCUUCAGAUGAGGGUGAAACCAAGACAGACAAGGCUAAUAAAUCAAAUAUUUACGUGCCCCCUAAAUUAGCUGCCGUGCAUUUUGAUGAGAGUACCUCAAGAAUUGAUAAUGAUAAAAAGAUGAAAGAAAAAUCAAAGAAGCAGUUCUUGAACUCCAGCAUAAUGCGAGAACUCCGUGAAGAGUAUUCUGAAGCUCCACUAGAAGUCAGCACAGGGAAUCAUGUAAAACAGUCAAUAUCGAAAUAUGAACAAGAAAAAACUGAAUAUGAAGAGAAUUACUUGACACGUCUGCCAGUUACUAAGGCUGAGAAAAAUCGCAGGAAAAAAUUAUCUACAGUAGGAAUGAUUGCUGAUGAAAUCACAGGUACAAGCAGUAACCGUGUAUCACGGAAGCAUAAAAUGAAAUCAAAGAAAGGUAAAGGUUUUAAGAGAAGGCGUACACAAUGAGAUAACAUUUUCAAUUAAAUUUUGUAUCAAUAAGAUUGUAUUGUUGUAAAGAAAUGCCUCACUUCAUAGGAUUGGCAACUAGAGUUCCAAGUUAUUGAAUUAAACUUAUUUUUCUCUGUA